AUGACAGGUAUUUCAAAGGUCGAUGUUCAUCACCACAUUAUUCCCCCUCAGCUGGUUGUGGAAGGUGUCGGCCAUGGUUUGAAGGGUAUGAAGGUCCCAGAAUGGACAGUUUCAGGCGACAAAACCUUCAGUGAUUCCAUCAAUGUUCAUACCAGCAUCUUUUCCGUCAGCACUCCAGGCGUGUCCUAUAUCUCCGACCCAGAAGAAAGUGCCGUUGUUGCACGCUCAAUGAACGAGUACUGCGCGUCUCUGCGUGAUACAAACCCUCACGCAUACGGCUUUUUUGCCACAGUACCCUCGCUCCAACAUACCGAUCUUGUUCUCCGCGAGAUUAGCUAUGCCUUCGAUACUCUACAUGCAGACGGCGUAACACUCUUCACUCGCUAUGAUACCAAAACUGGUGACGGGUAUCUUGGCCAUCCAGACUAUUUGCCUGUGUGGGAGGAGCUCAACGCUCGUCAAGCCGUCGUCUUCGUCCACCCCAUCAAUAAUAGAAACAAUAACCUCUUCAAUGACAAAUUGCCAAUGCCAGCAUUUGAUUGGCCCCAUGAAACAGGCCGCACAGCCAUGGAUUUGAUUCUCCACCGGCGCCUCCAACAAUUCCCUAAUGUCAAGAUAAUUUUAUCCCAUGCUGGUGGUACACUAGUCUCAUUAAUCAGACGCUCGACUAUGAUUGCACUACCGGAAUUUGGAGCUGCAAUGAACACUGAGGAUAUCGUGGGCCAGGCCAAGAAGUUUUAUUUUGAUUUGGCGCUGAGUGGGAGUAAGGAGGUGUUGCCGCUAGUUUUGGGUUUUGCUGAAAAGGGACAUGUGCUUUUUGGGAGUGAUUACCCGCAUGCUACUGUAGGUUUCAGUAAGAAAUUUACAGAGCUUGUUGAUGAAUACCAAAUGAGAGAUGAGAUGAGGAAGGAAGUUUAUCAUGGAGCUGCGGAGAAGUUGUUUCCCAGGCUGAGCGGAACAUACGAGAUUGAGGAGUCGUAG